ACUUUAUCGGUUUUCUAGAUCGCUUUACUCUUUUCAAUUGGCUUUUCACAUGCUGCCACAGCGCCGUCAAAACUCGAGCUGCGAUCCAUGUCGACGCUCUAAGCGACGCUGCUUCUUCUCAUCUCCCCAAAUCGAAGGCACAGAUGUAGCCUGCACCCAUUGCGAGCGCUUAGGACAUGCUUGUACGUUUGAUUUUGUGAGCUCCAAAUUGGGACAGAAAAAGCGACCAAGACAACUUCACACACGAACGAGUUGCUCAGCAGGUGCUGCUGAGGCAUCUCCCAGCCUCGCCAGUGGCGACUUUCAAGCGGACGCUGUGGCUGGCCAUGACGUCUUGGAAUCAUGGCUAGACUUUGAUUAUCUCGAGCAGAACAAUGAAUGCUUGGAACUACCUGGUUUUCUCGCGCCUGAUGCUGUAACGGCAAUUGAAACUUCUGAGGACCGGCUUCGUGUGCGGCCAAAUCUACAACAUCUCGUUGACAGUUCAUUGAAUAGCCCCAUUCGUCUAUUGAACUCAAAACUAGAUGCAACUAUUCUUGACAUACGUCUUGCGCGGAUUCACGAUGUCAUUGUCACGGGAUGUGCUUCUAGAUUUGCAGAUUAUGAGUGCAAUUUAUAUGCAACAGCGAGUCGCUACCGACUGGGGGACGGAGACUCAGAACAUCGUCUUCUUUCAAGCAAUGCAUCACCCCAACCACAGGCCUUAAUAUCACGGACGGAUGUCUUUCCAUUGGAUCCUGGGCUGGCAUUUAGAGAUGCCAGCUGCAUGAUGACGGUGCUUGGUACCGUUCGAUUUCUGGACCAUUUCAGCGAUCUUUAUGGAAACCGGUUGACUACGGUAGCACGGAGACAGUCAGAUGCUGUGCUGAAAGCGGUUCUUCGGGCAUUCUCGCUCCAGUGGCUGUCUACAACCGAGUCUACAUCAACCCUUGCUGAUAAUUCAUUUGCUAACAACCCCGAUGGAAACCAGACAGCAUGCGGCCCACUCAGAAGUGUAUUCCAUGACGCUUGGUUUCAAGCACGAACACUGCUCAGAAAUUCACAGUCAGUGAGCUCGUUCAGAGUUGUAUAUGCAACCCUGUUAUUUGACGGCAUUGCUAUUCUAACCCAAGCUCACGGGGCAACCGAGUCUAACGUAGCGCAUGAAUUCCUUGAUGCGGGUCUGCAAAAGCUUAUUUCUUUGGAUGAACUUGUGAAGCAAUACUGUGCUACUCUUGGAUCACAUUCCGUAUAUAGUGCUCUGUUAGAAGCGAGUCUGAGUGUAGUGCGCUGGGGCGGAUAUAUCCGUGAUAUUGGAGCAGCGCUUACAACGGAUCAUCACUGCAAAUUGCCGGGUAUUUCGUGCCAUGCAACAGACCAAGUAGAAUCUUACGAUUCAAUUCGGUUCGAUAAUCGGAAUUUCCAUCCAGAACUGGAUAACAGUGUUCCAAGCAUAUGUCAAAAAGCUGUCGCGGAGGCAUUCUACGUCUGGAGACAGAUUGUUGAUAUCAAAGGCUCCGUGUAUCGCCAUGUGCGAAUUGAUAAUUGCAUCCCUUUUGGGUUUCCUGAAAAUAUUGCGUCAACUGUGACAGCCGUUGGCAAGUUCAACCAAUUGUUCCGCCCUUUCCUGGAUACCUGUAUAGACAACCUUGAGCGCCUUUCUAUACGCUCCAGAACAUCAGCUGUUUCUAUUACACUGUACUGGGAUCUCAGUGUCCUCAUACUAGCCGAGUCGUUGAGAGUUUGCGGCUUUUUUACUGAACCCCAUAUAACCUCAAUCAUGCGCGCCCACCAAGAAGAAGCGGUCUCAUCAGUAGCCCGAACAGUCGAGCACGUACUCUCACUACCUACGGAAGAGCUUUUCAAUCUCGAGAACGGCCUUGGUGCCGAAGUCCCCAUCUUCGCUUACCAUAUUACUCCCAGCUUAACUGCAACGACAUUCCAGAAGACCAUAGAGAAUAUAGUCUUUUUAAAAUAUUGCGAAGAGAGCGCACCACACGGCGCCGACAACAUCUGGAAACAGCAAAUUGACAUCGUCAUGAAAGGCCUCUGCUCACUGGAUGUGACUGUUGGCGGCUCUCAAGUUGCAAGCACGGCUUUUCAGUCGUUGAUGCGACAACAUGGGGAUAUUCUGUCGGAGUGCUGGACGUCUGAUUUUAACACGUAAUUGUGAUUGAGCUGGAGUGGUAUAUCAAAUUAUGCCUUCUUAUAUCUGUGGCGGUCCCAACCCGAGCCUCAGGAAGUCGAUGCUACAUGAUUAACGGUUAUAGGCAUGGCAUACAGGGUCUUUGUUAUGUUAUUCCAGACUAGAUUCUCUGGCCCGGCAAACAUGGAGUAACAACCGAGAUAGUAAGAAGCUGGAAGGAUAUGAAGCACAGAAGCAAUGUAAUAGAAUAACAAAGGAG